AUGACGGUGGUCCCGGGAGAUAACGUGGACGAGACCUCGGCCGUGCCGGGCCACCCCCAGGACGCCUACCCGCCGCCUCCUGACCACAACGACCACGAGUGCUGCGAGCGGGUGGUCAUCAACAUAGCCGGUCUCAGGUUCGAGACGCAGCUCAAGACCCUCUCGCAGUUCCCGGAGACACUGCUGGGAAACCCCAAGAAGCGGAUGCGCUACUUCGACCCCCUGCGGAACGAGUACUUCUUCGACAGGAACCGGCCCAGCUUCGACGCCAUCCUGUACUACUACCAGUCCGGGGGGAGGCUGCGCCGGCCCGUCAACGUCCCCUUGGAUAUGUUCUCAGAGGAGAUCAAGUUCUACGAGCUGGGGGCGGAAGCCAUGGAGAGGUUCCGAGAAGACGAGGGCUUCAUCAGGGAGGAGGAGCGACCCCUGCCCGAGAAGGAGUUCCAGCGCCAGAUCUGGCUUCUCUUCGAGCACCCGGAGAGCUCGGGCCCGGCCAGGGGGAUCGCCAUCGUGUCCGUCAUGGUCAUCCUCAUUUCCAUCGUCAUCUUCUGUUUGGAGACUUUGCCGCAGCUCAAGGAGGAACCCAUGGGCCACAUGGUGACUAUCGGCAACGUCACCACCUACUACAAACCAAACAUCCUCACCGACCCCUUCUUUGUCAUCGAGACCCUCUGCAUCAUCUGGUUCUCCUUCGAGUUGAUCGUGCGCUUCCUGGCCUGCCCCAGCAAACCGGCCUUCUUCAAGAACAUGAUGAAUACCAUCGACAUCGUGGCCAUCAUCCCCUACUUCAUCACGCUGGGCACCGAGCUGGCCGAAGACCCCGACGCCGAGGGGGUGGGCGAGCAAGCCACCUCUCUGGCCAUACUCAGGGUGAUCCGUCUGGUGCGGGUCUUUCGGAUCUUCAAGCUGUCCCGGCACUCCAAAGGACUGCAGAUUCUGGGCCAGACCCUCAAGGCCAGCAUGCGAGAGCUGGGACUGCUCAUCUUCUUCCUGUUCAUCGGCGUCAUCUUGUUCUCCAGCGCCGUCUUCUUCGCCGAGGCCGAGGAGCAGGAUUCCUACUUCCGAAGCAUCCCCGACGCCUUCUGGUGGGCGGUGGUGUCCAUGACCACGGUGGGCUACGGCGACAUGGUGCCGGUCACCAUCGGCGGCAAGAUUGUAGGAUCUCUGUGCGCCAUCGCCGGCGUGCUGACCAUCGCACUGCCCGUGCCCGUCAUCGUGUCCAAUUUCAACUACUUCUACCACAGGGAGACGGAGGGAGAGGAGCAGGCGCAGCUGCUCAACGUCAGCAAUUCCAACAUCCCGUCCGACAGCAACUCCAGCCGCCGCAGCUCCUCCGUGGUCAGCAAGUCCGAGUACAUGGAGAUCGACGGGGACCUGAACAACAGCAUCGACAACUUCCGGGAGGCCAACCUCAGAACUGGCAACUGCACUAUAGCCAAUCAGAACUGUGUCAACAAGAACAAGCUGCUCACAGAUGUUUAGGCACCGCGACCACGGUGGAGCGCGCCGCUGUCGCUGACGCUGACGCCGCUGCCGCCGACGCCGCCGCCGGGCUUACUUAGGGCCUGCCUGCUAAAAGAAAUGCCCAUAGAGAAGAAGCUAACACUUAGACUUAGACCACACUUAGGUAGACUAAUCGAUUCUUCUAAUCCUGCAAGUACAGCGUAUAGCCACCCGCCCCCCAGACGCCUCCUCUCCAAACGAAAGAAGUAUGGGAUGACCCCGCCCCACCUACCCCCCCCAUAUACACAACUAGGUGUUAGGCUGCAGAGCACACUCUUGUCUUAUCAGGCCAUAUAAUGCAUGGAAUACCGAGAAGCAACCCUGCGGAAAAGUCAUCGUAAAGCAAGCCACAGUACAUGUUGCAUCCUCACUACCGCAAAAGGGACCGAACCAUUUUGCAAAAAGCACCUUAUAGGAGGAAGACCGACCUGGAUGUAAACAUGUCUGCUCGCUCCCCGGGACACGGGCGGUGGUGGAAUGGCGGCCAGCGAGCCAGCCAGCCAGCGAUCUCCGCCAGCUUCCCGCAUGACGACGGACUUUCCAUUUUGACGCAUGCAACCAAACGUAUACGUAUUACUUGCCAUCACGGAGCGGAUCGCCGCCGCCGCCGCCGCCGCCGCCGCCCACCUUUUUGCACCCGGAUGAGGGCUUUGAGUUGACAUCUGGGAUUUGAAUGUUCAAUCUUGAGGGGACAGACACUUUGGAAAUGAGAUCAUAGCAUGAGAAAGCGGAACCUGCAUUAUGUUCUACGGACUUUUGUAUCCCUGCAUAUGUAAUGCAUGACAUGAGUAAGCGACUCGCCAGGCACUUUGCCGUGUCCUUUUCGGGUCAGGGAAACGACUGCAUUCCGACGUAUCCGAAGCCACGCUGUAAGAAAUCCAAGUAACCGCUGUCCAAACUGCAUUUAAUCGGUUCCAAUAGCGCAGUGCAUGAGCCUGGCUUCCAUUUCCGCAUCAGGUUUGCUUUUGGAGUGGGAAGGAUUGGAAUUCUGCUAGUGCCUUUAAUUCCGCUCGCCGCCAGGACCGGUGGAAGUGCCUCUCGGUAGUCCUGGGACGUGUGAGGUGCUGCUCGAGAUCAUAAUAGGACGACGACGACGGCGGCGGAGAAGAACCCUGAGCCGGCCGGAUGAGUGGGCGACAAUGAGGGGAAAAAAAAAAAUUAAAAAAAAUCUGAAGGACACGGAUGGCGGCUCUCACGCACAAGCUGCUUUUGGCUUCAUGACGCUUAAGCAAGCAGCCACGUAAUGUACUUUCCAUGUUUACCAAUCCAAAUCAAAAGGGAAUCCUUGCAGGUUUUGGCCAUCAUUUAUUCAUGCUUGCCUUGCCUUGCCUUACCUUGCCUGCCUUCUUUUUUUCUUCCUUUCUUUCUUUCUUUGCUUGGCUGCUGGCUUAGCUUUGUGCUCUGUGCUUCCAAAACAGGGUCUCUACCUCAGGCAGGCCGUCGCAAACGUGCUGCACAGGCGCAUGCGAGCUUCGCUGCGGGCCUUUCUUCCUUGCGCCCAUCUUCCCUUCACUUCUUUCUUUGCUUCCUUCAUACCCCCCUUUGUCCCUUGCUUGCUUGCUUGCUUGCUUGAGUUAUUUUUGCUCCCUUCCUUUGGUCCUUCAGGUAUUUUUUUUGCUCUCUCCCAUCCUCCCUUGCUUCAGCCAUAGCACUCCAAAGUGCAGCGGAGCAAUCUGGAAUGUGAGCGCCCCAAAGUGCCAUGGCCUUCACACAAGCACUUAAGGACAAAAGAAGGGAAAAGUACAAGGGUGGCACCGUCUCAAGCUCACGCGGCAUCUCUUGCUUUGUUUUUGUCGCUGAAGCUACGCACAAUCAGAAUGUUCAUUUGGAUCGUGAGGAACCGUUUAGGACGUCGGCUCCUCCAACGCAACGCAUGCUCUAUGACGCACACGCACACAGACACGCACGCACGCACGCACGCACUUACACGCGCACACAUCAUCUUGGGCAUUGCAGCACAGUGCACACUUUGCACAUGCUUCAUUUUGGCUGCAGUUGGUCAUUUUGAAGAAUGACAUUAUUUCAUUUGGUUGAUCCUGUUCAAUAAGUCAAUGAUUGAAUUUUUCACAUUUUAUUACUUUAUGUAUUUUGUAUUUUUUUUUUUUUUAUUAUAGUACAUAAGACCCACGGCAGCGAGGCUGGCACUUCAAGUUCAAAGUUAUUUCCAAAUGCAUUUGCCAUUUUUCUUUGGUAUCAUUUUCUGACUAUGCUUUUUAUUUGACCUCAAAAUGCGAGGACAUUUCAGUGGACUGACAAAGUGAGCAGAUCUUGUAUCUAAAGCGACACACCACUGCCAUCUACUGGUGGUUGCGCAUCACUAAAGUUGUUCCCAAGCUCUUUAAUUAACAUUUCCGCUACAGCUAGACCAGACGUGAAAAAUGAGUUUAGAUGUACUAUUUUUCAUGAACGAUUAUGAUUUUGGACAUGGUUUAAGAUGUGUGUAUGUAUAUAUAUAUAUCUCCACGUUAAGUGCACGUUAUAUAUAUAUAUAUAUAUAUAUAUAUAUGUGUGUGUGUGUGUGUACGCACUCUUAACAGCAAUACAUGUGUCUCAAAUGUUUUACUAGGGUGUGUGUGUGUGUGUGUGUGUGUGUGGGCGUGUGUAAAAAUGUAUUUUUAAAUGGUGCAGACAAGAGAGCUGCUAGAAUGUGCACAUCUGUAGCUCAGUUGCUGCAAAAUCACAGAUGACAAAUCGUUCCAGUAGAAUUGAGCCACUGAGAGCUCGAGUGGGCUGACUCCAAAUGUUGGUCUUUUUUUCGACAUCUCGUCAAAGAUGAUGAUUUUGAUGAAGUAUAAUGAAUAUUUUGCUCACAAUUUAAGCACAGCCUUUAUUUGCAGUUUUGAAGUAUCAUUUAGGUUGCAAGUAAGAAAAGAAGAAAUCGAGAUUAGACUUUGGUGCAAUAAUGGACCGAGUUCAAAGGUUAGUUGGGAGAAAUAGCAAAGUAAAGGCAUAUUUCCGGAGAAAAAAAGACACAAAGUACAGGGUAUCGAAACGGUGGCGUAAAAACCGAGGUACGGACCGUACCGUCGCACCCCGACUUUGUUCCAAAUGAGGUGCGAGAACCGCCAAUGACAAGACUCGGUGAAUAAUUGCCGUGCCAAAUAAUUGCCGUAAAACAAAUUGGAAUAAGCGAGGGGUGGCGCUAAUCACGGUGGACAGGAUCCCCCCCAAAAGCUUCCAAAGUUUGGCCGCGGCCGGCCGCAAAGCGCACGAUACGUUGCGACACGCCGAAUUUAUUGCAAUCGAUAGAAGGCCAGAAGGCGGCUUUUAUGGACCUUUCAGUGGCGGCACUUAACGUGGAUGAGUGGAAGACGUUCCCCCGGAAGACGCGGAUGAGUGUUAUGACGGGAAAAAGGGAGGGCCGUGUUUUCUCGCUUGUUAUUUUGCGCCAUCCCUGAAGCAAACGCGCUCGCAUGGUCCACAGAAGACUGCAUGAGCUUUGCCUUUACGUUGGCAACAUUUCGGAAAGCGCCUCUAGUUCGGGGGGUUUGGCGGGCAACAAGAACCGAGCAAGCGUUGAAGGGCUACCAGUAGCUGCGCACACUCAACUUUCUCCAAUGAAAACGGCUUUUUUCUUCAGGACGUUUGUCGACCGACCGACGGUUGCCAGCGGGCCGCUCUGGAGCCAAAACAAAAAGGACUUUGCAAGUUUUCUUUUCACUCCCCGAGCAGAGCAAACGGAUUGCAUCAUGGUUAUGUUGUCGUGUGUGUGUGUGUGUGUGUGUGUGUGUGUGUGUGUGUGUGUGUGUGUGUGUGUGCGUGGGUGCGUGGGUGCGUGCGUGCGUGCGUGAAGACAGAGGCAUGGUCUGUGAUCUAUGCAAGGGUUCUCUAAUUCCGUUUUGUUUUCUUCUUAGGUCAUGUCACUUCAGAUUUCAUCUUCU